UUGAAAGGGCGAGGGCUGAAGACGAAGGCUGAGCGAAUUUAAAAUUUUACGAAAUAAUUGUUCAUGUUGGUUUAACAGCUCAAUGAUUUUGCAAAACAACAUGAAAUUAAACAUUGUUUAUUCGUGGACUAGUGAGUGACGAAAUCUUAGUGCCAAGGUUUAACACGAGUAAAAUUCUUGUGAUUGAUUUUCGCAAUGUUGAAGUUUAAAAAAAUGGGUUCUGAUAAAGUCCCUCUACUGUUAGUAACUGCCAAUGUCGGUUCAAUAUUUGAAGACCCAUCUGUCAUGCUACCAAUAUGGACUUCAGAAUUCCUUCAAGCCGUAUCAAGAAUGGACCCAAAAUUCAUAGCCUUGCAUUUACAAGAAGUUGGUGGGAAGGCGUACGAGAAGUCGAUGCAGUAUGUAAAAGAUUUUGUGCAACGACUGUGUGACUGUCCUGAGUUAAGGCUCUAUGACAAGAUCAGGAUAUUUCUUGAUGAAGACUUUAGCUCGCCUGAAAAGUUUACUGCGCUUGGCAAUAUGUACUUUGCACAUACAUCACUGACUGAUCUCAAAAUAUGGGACUUUGAGAGACGGAACUACGUAGAAGUGACGGGCAAAGAAGUCAACAGCGGUAACAUUGAGAAGAUCACCACUAAGGAGAAAGUCAAGUUUCCACAGCACUUCUUUCCUGAGUGCAAAUGGUCUCGCAAGGGAUUUCUGCGUACACGCUGGUCCAUUCGCGGUACAGCUGUGGAGUUUGUGAACAUACAUUUGUUCCACGAUGCUUCGAACUUAUUGGCAAUGGAGCCUUAUCCUUCUGUGUACUGCCGUAGCCGACGGCGUGCUUUACGUCAUACUUUACGACACUUGCAUUCUGAUGUCAACGCGGCACCUUACUUCAUAUUUGGAGACUUCAACUUCCGAACGGAUACUGGAGGCGUUGUAAAGAGAAUAACAGACAAUUUAAUCGCAAGUCGAAUGUCGAAUGGGGCGAAUGUUGAAUCGUCGAAGAUGCAAUACCGAUCUAAGAGUGAAGACAGAGUGGUUCUAACAAUUGGCAAGAAGGAAUUCUCUCAUGUUGACCAUCAGAAGCUCUUCAGGGAGUCCUGGCUCCAAAAGUACGAUCGUGAAUUAGAAGCCUUAAAACCGCAUUUGUACGAAUUUCCGGUUAAAUUUCCGCCAUCUUACCCCUUCGAGGAGGACGUUCAUUUGCCCACACAUUAUAUGAAAACUAGAUGUCCAGCGUGGUGCGACCGAGUGCUUCUCUCACAGUCCGCGAGACUUUUGGUGCAAGACAGAGCAGAAAAUCGUGUGCAUAAUUCUAGGAAGUCCGUAACAGACUCGACGGACAGUGGAAGUGGAAGGUUGUCUUCGUCAGAUAGCAGCCCGGCCAGAUCCGCAUCACCAGCUAGGCAUAACAACCAGUGGAGUCCAAAUAAAAAGCUCGAGAAAAAAGGCAGCGUCGCUGAAAUAGAUGGUUUGAAUGUUCCUGUAACUACAGUCAGUAGAAAGAGUAUUGCUGAUCCCACCAGCGUGCAACAGGCUAUUAAUGCGAGAGUUUCAGACUCGGACGCUUCGCCCGGUAGACGUAAACUAGUCCGCAAUCAAUCUGAGGGUUCGCCGAAAGCCGGUGAAUCUUCUGAAAUAAGACGUCUUAUAGAUGCACCUUCUAGGCGAAGGAAUGAGUACGGAGUUAUCGGAGACGCAACUUGUAUGGGAGAUCAUAAGCCAAUAUAUUUACGGGUGAUGCUGCAAAGCGAUCGAGGUACCGAUAAAGAGAAUAGACCUCCCGCACGUCUAACCCCUACCUUGCGUAGAAUUCCAACCGACCCCGAUUUGAUCAAAACCCCAAAAAUUCUAUACAGCAGUCACCCAGACAAACUAUUAUCCGACGAAUUUAGACUCAAAAGGACGCGAACGGGCUCUCUCAACGAAAAAUUAUUUCGGAUUCCCUACGUACAGAUAACUAGUGCGGAUUAUUGUAGUUACAACGAUAUAUUCGUUAAUGAUAUCGACACGUCCCUGUUAAGUCCCAGACAAUGCUUGGAUCCAUACACUCCGGAAAGUGUCGAUUCUCAUUCGCCUGAUGUGUCGUCCGAGGAACAAACGGAAAUUAUCGAUACGAUCGAUUUAAAAUCGAAAUUGUCGCGGGAUCGUAGUGUGUCGCCCACGCAGUUAAAGAGUCGAUUACACAGAUUGUUGAAUGAGUCAGAUGACGUUCCUAAAUUACAUAGAUUAGAUAGUAAGGAGUCUUGCAAGUCGGAUGGUAGUCGAAAGGGCCUUUGCUGUUUAGCGCUCAAAUGUUAUGGUUUUUGUAGACGUGUGAAGUUGAAGUGUAGUUGCUUCAAAUGCACCUGAUGCUUUAUUGAUCUGAUGAAGUACUAAUGUACUUAUUUAUUAACAAGUCUGCUAUUAACUAUAUAGUUUUUUGUGACUCGAUGUUUGACGGCAGACUUUCACAAGUGAAUUUUUACACUCGACACGUUUUGGUAGAUACCAGUUACAUUGUUGUGCUUAAUGCAAUUGACUUGCAUGCAUAGCAUGCAUAUGCAAUAGCCUUAAGAUUCUGUCUAAAAGCGUACUGAACUAGAUGCAUUACCAUUGCAUGCAUGUACGUUCGUUUGCAGCGUAUAAGUGCGUUGAAGUCGAACGUACUGUGACCUAGCCUAAAAAGGCUCAACAUUUCUAUUCUAUUGUAAUCAUUAUUUUUUAAUCAAACUUAUAAUAUAUAUAAUACAUUUUUUGACGGUUUUACAUAUUAUGAAGUUAAAGGAGUAUGCGUUUAGUACUAUAUGCUUCGCGACGGGUGUACUUAUAAGUUUUCUACUAGUCGAAUAAAAUGCAUGGCUACUUAAAUGGUGUUUAAAAGCUCGGAUUUUGUGUCAAACAUUAUUAUUUUACUAUUGUACUGUACUUAAUUUUGAAUAUAUGUUUUAUAUGACUUACGGGAUUUGAACAUGCAAAAUUAAGAAAAAGAAAUAAAUAUAAAGAUUUUUUAACUUUUCGUGACCGUGAAGUCCGAGCGAUAAUAAAGCAUUUAACUGUUUACUUUAAGGUUCUAUGUUGUACUUUUUAAAUGUUUUACCAACCGAAUCGUUAAUUUUUAAGUGCGAUUUCAUUGAACAUAUUUUUUUUUCUAUCACGCACGUACAAGUAGCGGCACGAAACUCUAGCGCUGACCGUUAUUGCGCAAAAGUAAAAAAUAAGGUACCUGAGGGGGGCUAGCGGAAUGAAGAGUGUCGAUUGGCUCUCCAGUAGCAUUCCGUCCCCCGCACCACAGUACACAUGCGCAGCAAUCCCCUCCACGUAUCGGCCAGCGCUAGACUUACGUGCGGCUGCCUAUAGAUGGUCAGGCUGAGCUAUCUUGUUAAUCUCGAAAGAAAUUGUCGGUUCUGGACGAAAUUUUCGUCCAGAAUCUCGGGUUCAUAAAAAACCAAUGAAAUAAUCACAUAGAAGUUGGUAAAAACUUGAUUAAUUUGAAAGUAACCUGAAAAACUAUUUAAAUGAUAAUACAAAAUAGGACUAUAUUAUUAUAUUUUAAUUAAGUUUAAAAUGAUACCAAAUCGAUUUAAUUCUAGUCUUAUAUGAGUCUGUCCUUUUCUGGUGCUAUUUUAUAAUCUAGGGAGUGCAAAAAGGACAAAACACUUGUACUCGGUAAAAGUAUUAUAUUUAUUUAUACCAGUUAUUAGAUAUACUGUGGCUUCUCGCUUUUACAAACUUCAAAUGCAAUGUUUUGUUCAGAUUAAAUCAGAAAUGAAAAACAGUAUGAGAGAGAAAAAAUAAAUUAGUUUGUUCAAAAGUAAAAAAGUAUUUGCUGUAUAAGCGAUCUUACAAUUACUUAUUGGACAAAAUAUCUUGUAAAAGCAAGAAGGUAAGGCUAUUCUAGAUAUCCAACGAAUAACAUAACAUAAUUUUGUUGCUGAAACUCGAAUAUUUAAAAGAAGUAGUCGUGAUUUUAGUUUCCUUUUAAAUGUUUUUUGACAUUUAUUUAAGAAAAUGUUUAAAAAAUUGGGGAAUCGUGCAAAUUAUAGUUUUUACAUUUAUUUUGUAGGCUUUUGUAUUGAUUUUACAAUGAAAGAUUAUGACUUUGUGUUGUGUUAACUCUCUUAAUUGUUUUGUAUGCACACAUGAUUUGUUAUAAAUAAAAGAUUUUUGCUUCUGACUAAUAUUUAGUAAAACAUUGACGUACAACUGACUACAGUUAGUGAUUUAGCUAUAAAUAAUGCUUGUUAUUGUUAAAUAGUGCUUAAUAAACAUUCCGUAUUUCA